AUGGCGGGUUUUGGUCUUUUCGGAUCUCUCCCGGCAGAGCUGCGCCUCAAGAUCUGGGGAUUCGCACUCGAACACGAAGAGCCUCAACCCAGGCGCCGGCGACACAUGACCGCUCUACUCGUCUUCUCCAUCGGCGGCGAAUGCGGAGAACACAGGCUCCCUGUCGUCUCAGCCGUCUCUCGCGAGAGCCGAAAGGAGUUCCUGCGGCUCUACGUCCGCUUCCUCGACCCGCAAGUCCCCGCCCACAGAUUCCUGCAGAGCCAUGGCUACAUGAAUCCAAGCAUGGUUCUCGGGGUACACGUCAGCUAUGAGGCGAGCAUUGGCCACAGCGUAGCUUCCGCGGAACAGGAGCAGUACACUCUUGGAUACAUGAUGGACGUCCCUGUCUUGCGCCGGGCUGCUCAGGAGCAGAUACGAACGGUCCGACUUCACGAUGUUGAUUUCGUAGCCCGUGUAAAAGGUAGCAUCCAGGUCAAAGACUCGAGCGUCAGCCCCAGUUUCAUAGAAACCGUCUUGGACCAAGACCCGUUGUGCGUCGCCAGGCUCCCGCCACUUCGCCUUCCCAACCUAUCGGCCAUACAGAUCGUGAGCCUUUCGAUCCCCCAGGCCGAUCUCGAGACGCUUUUCGGGCUGCGUUUCCGCACUCACUACGACUUCAGAUUCCGAUACUCACAGUCGUCCCGCAGGGUCUAUAUUGCAUUGGCUAGCUUCCGCUGGCUCAGUCCCCCGAUCGGCUGCCGCAUGUUGCAGGUGGGCUUUUCAAGGCCAUGGCCUCGCGUCUUCGUUCAAAUCGAAAUUUUGGCCGAAGACCCCGACACGCUGCCUUUCGACGGUUGGAUACCUCUCGAGGAUCGACAUUUGGCAGAGUGUUUCAUAUGGAGAUUGUCGGUCCAGUAUGCUGCUCUGCGUCUGGGAUAA